UUUAAUGGCGUCGCAGGACGACGCAUCUGUGCUCUCUCUCUCUCUCUCACUCUCGAUACAGAGACGGAGGUGGGUGUCGGCGCAGAGAUGGUGGAGGGCGUAUCGGCGGUGCUUUACCGCAGCAUAAAGCGGUACUGGCGGAGGAGACACUACGAGCGGCUCGACGGCUCGGCGUCGUCCCGCCGGAGGGUUCGCUUCACGACGGCGGGCGGGCGGCGGAGGUGGAGGAUCAAGCUGCCGUCGCGAUUCCGAAUCGCUUCCCCCAGGAAGAUCCUCAUGCGCCUCCGCGACGGUUACACCAGGAUGAUGCUCCGUCUCGCCAGCUCCAGCGCCUUCGUCGGCGGCCAGGCCCUCGGUUACAGCGACCCGUUCGGCGCCCCGCCGCUAAAGGAGUACGACGAGAAGGUGAUGGUCGAGAUCUACAAGUCACUCGCCGAGCAGGGAAGGUUCGUCGCCGGCCGGUGACGGCACUCCGAUACUUAACAUUAAAUUCACGUUUGAGCGAAAAGACCCCGAUCUUGAUGUAUCAUCUGUCAUUCAUUUCCGCUCAUCGACAAAGGACCAGAUCAUCGCCGGCGGCAGCAAGGAGGCCGCCUCCAUCAACCGGUGACGUGUUCGAUAGUUUAAGUUCGUGUUAAUCUUUUCUUCUUUUUCCUUCCCUCUCUUGCUGCUGAAGCAAGCAAUCGCUGCUUUCUUGUCGUUCUAUUUGCAAAAUAAGGGCCGAUGAAAUUCCCGCCUCUUCCUCUUCCCUCUGCUCGCGCUCCACCCUCUCGCGAUGGUGCAUAAGAUGCGGAAGGUGAAGGAGAUCGUGCCGUGAGGACGAGUUCCACUACUUGGCCGGAGUCUGCACUACAUUUUCAGUUUUCUUUACAACACCGGCACCUGUCUAAUGUACUUUUUUCUCUUGCUCUUGUGAAUGUCCAUGUCAAAUUUAUUUGACUCGUUAUACUUUUGAUAAACGAUUUCACUUGAUAUUAUUUUUUA